AUGGGAAUAACCGCCUCCAUCCCCAACGAAUAUGCACAACUAGAAUUCAAGCACAGCUGGUCGGUUGAAAACGCCACACUCAAGUGUGAGAAACUUGGAAUCAAUUACGACAUUUCCACAUCGAUAAAAUUGGGAAAAUUUGUAAUAACCUUCAAGAGGAACAACAGGACAGUUGCAGUCUGGAACAGGAAAAUCGGUCGUGAUGAGAUUGAGUUCUAUCCUAACUCAAGUAAGUCGACAGGUCCCAUGAAGGUGAGGAGAUUUAUGAAGCGCUGUGGGUUCCUCUGGGGUCACCGCAAAUUCAGAGCAAGCGAUGGAAAGGAAUAUUAUUGGUCAACAUACAAGACGUUCAAGCUAUACCGAGCAGAUGACGACAGUGUCCCAAUUGCAUCCUUUGCAAGUCGACGAUAUAUACUCCGUAAGAGGAAGCAGCAUAUAAAGAUCGCACGCGAAUGUGAAGAUAUCGUUGAUUAUGUCCUAGUCACUUGUGUUAUUUUGGAGCAAAAGAGACGCGAAAAGAGAAGGCAAGCGCAAGCAGAUAAUUCAGGAUCGUAG